AUGCUUGGGAGUGUUUCAAAGAAAACUUUGAUUUUUCUUCUUCAUCCUCUAUCCCCAAUUUACAGUUUGAACAAUGGAUACAACCUCACUUCUAAUCUAUUCACCAUUAUCAUGCUCAUUAUCCCCUUCUAAACCUAAAUUCACUCUCAAUUCCUCAUCCUUCACCUGUUAUCCAUUCGGAAAAUGCUUGCGGUGGAACUUUCUCCCGCCAACAACCACCGUCAUUCUGCGUCACCUCAAGCGUCACUCUUCUGCACAUCGGCGCUUGCUGUUGGUGAAAUACUGGAGAAAUCUAGCUUAGAGGACUCGGUUUCGUGUGUUUCUAAAGACCAGAUUCCCAAAAUUGAUAAGAGUGGGAGGUUUUGUAACCCUAGAGCCGCCAGAGAGCUUGCACUAAACCCAUCUAGAGAGAAAGAGAAAGAGAGAGGAGUGAUGGGAGGUGGCGGUGUGAUGACGGUGGUGAAAGGUUGUGGUGGUGAAAGGGGGUUGUGGCUGUCGCGGUGGCGGUGAUGGUGACGGUUGCUACGGCGACAAUUGUAAUUCACAAUUUUUCUGUGGAUUACACUCGCCGGGCAUGUUCUCUCUCUUCACGGUAUCAUCUCCGAUCUACCAUUAAAACACCUUUUACUUCAUCUCAGAUUUCAAUUCUCAAUCAUAAGUCAUAGGUUUUAGGUAUUAACUAUCAAAUUCUCCUUUAUUCAACUCCAAUUUCACCAUAUCUGAUCAAUUGCAUCAACUCACGACUUCUGUAUGACGUGAAUGAUACACUACGCAGGUUAGGUUUCCGGCGACAGAGUUGACCGGCGAUCUCUCACAAGGUCUAUUUUUUGGUUGUGUGAUUAGUAGAUUUUAGUGAUUGAUGAGUUUAUAUUAAAUGGAGAUUUUCGAAUAGGGCCCAAAAUUUUAUCUCGCACAUUAUAAUGUUCGUUGUGUGAUGUAGCCAAUGUUAUAAAGUUUUUCAUGAAAAGUUUAUUGUUUUCCGAAAAAAAGAAGUUUCUUUAUGCUAAUCAAAGAAUACAUUAGCAAACCUUGAACCAACACGGCUGCACGGGAGGUGUUUGAUGAAAUGUUUGAUGAGGUGCAUAUUCUGAUUCCUGUACUUUUAAGUUUUUCGUCACCACUUGGUCUAAAACUGAUGAAUUUUCCAAGGUGGUUAAUGGUUAAGUGCAUUGUUAGACAAGGAAGUCACACUAAUGAAAAGGAAGAGCUCACACGCGCAGUUGACGUUUGGAACUUUGGACUGAUAAUGACCAAGUAAUCGUUAGCUAUGCGUGUGAGGGUUGUGAAAACUUACAGCAACACUACAUAUGACAAAAAAAUUUGUAGAUCUGUCAGAGUAGCUGUAAUCUUGUGAUGUUUACCAAAUUGGAAUAUUACUCAUUAACGGUUUUGACAUUUGUUUUUGCAACAGAAUUUUACUCAUUAUAGGUGAUUUUAUCAAGCUUAAUUGUACUUUAUGGUUCAGAACUUUCCUCUUUCCUCUAUUACGUGGCCCCGAGGUCCUUAAGAAAUUUUAUAGCCAACAAUGUCAUAUUUGAAGUGCUAGUGUCAUAAGAUGUAUUUUGCUAUGUGGGUUCCCACCAUUCUCGGUAUAAUUAUCUGCUUUGUGUUUUUAUAGUUUUUUCCUUAUGAUGAUACGAUCUUAAGGUUUCAUUUACUUAAUCAUUUUUGACUUGUGAAACGGAACAAGGAAUAUUUGAGCAGGUUUUGAAAGGUAAUAUGAACUUAUUCGUGAGUGUUUUUUUUCAUACAUUUUGUUUUUUUAGGUCCGAUUGAAUUACCAUUUCAAAAAACAACCUUGGUUGAUGAAAUGACCUGUUAUAUCAUUUUUGCGUACCUCUUUUUUAAGGAAAUGUUUCAAACGACUACGAAAAUUUAUAAUUUCCCUAAAUAACUUGAUUUCAUCAUUACAGGUGUGUCUAUUUUGUAUUUGCCUGCCUUCUUUCUACUCUAUUUCACUUAUGUCUAUGUGUAGGUGUUCGGAGCUGAUAUACAUCCAGGUGCAAGAGGCUAUGAUGAGUUAAGUCGCGAUCGGCUCUUGGCGUGGCAGGAUCGGAGGACGGAAAGUGCGAGUUUCUCUAUUUGCAACCUCUGAUGCAGCCAUGGUGGUCUAAUAGACAGAUCUGAACCACGCUAUAUUAGUCAGCGAAUCUGAGCCAAACAAGUUGGUCCGUUUAUGCUAACAUAUCAUUAUGUUACCUCCUUUUGUAAAUGCAAUUUGUAUCUAUUCAUAUUGAUACAACUCUUUGACUCGAUGUUUUCUCUUUUGUUACUUUGGCGAGUGUCGAUGCCGUAACGAAUCGAACGAAUACCGGACAAUCUUUUAGUUUCUAUGAUAUGUGAAUGUCAACCCGGCGGCAACGCGGUGGGUGUUGCA